UGGAUAUUUGUAGCUGGUAAUCAAGGUAUUCCCGGAAGAGAUAAUGUCUCCUUGAAUCAUGAUCAAGAUAGCCUAGAUGUAUCAGAUUGGACCUUGCCGUAAGAAAUUGAAAGAACAUGAUAGAAAAUCCAGGUCAAAAUUGACAAAACGAAAGUGAAAAUGAAUCAUAUUUAGCCUAGAAUUAUGAAGAAUUUAUGCCAUAGGAAUCUAAGUGACUGCACAUCAUCAUCAUGAAAUCUAACAGGGGUAGCCCCUUUUGUGAGAAAUCCAAAUGACAUGUCGUCAACAAUAGAGGAAGAGGUAGAAAAACAGCAAAGGACAACUGAUCUGAAGGGUUGGCAUUGCCCAGUAGAGACCAAUAAUGAAGAAGAGCCAUCAACCCCUUACGAGGGUGUCAAACUUCAAAUCGAAGAUGUCCGGAGUCUCUCAGAGGGUGUCAAAAAUGAUAUUCACAGCAUUGAAGAAGAUGCAACCAACUCAGAAUUGGAGGAGAAAACACCUAGGAUAAGUGUCAAUACAAUGUCAUAUGCUGAUAUCGUUGAGAGUGACCCUAAACGUGUAUGUGGGAUUACAAGAGCUCUCAAUACAGCAGUUCACCAAACAGAUAAAGAGGUAGAACAAUUUUGGUGCAAUUUUUGCAAGUUCAAAUGUAUUGAUUCAACUUUAUUCAACCAGCAUGUAGCCACACAUGUCUUUAUGUGUAAAUUCUGUAAUUACGCUGGUUUUACAAGGCUCGAAAUCCUCCAGCACAAUUUGUUUCAACAUAAUAAUAAAGAUGCAACUCAGCAUAAGUUCUGUUCUGCUGAAAUAAAUGGAUUAGAGGAAGAAAGAGAGAUUGUUGGAAAAAAUGUUGCCAGAGUUGGUUCAUAUGGAGAAAGAAAGGAUAUUGCUAAAAAGUCUGUGCUUACUAGUAUUGAAGAUAUGAGUAUGAAAUGCAAGUGGUGCACAUUCUCAACUAUUGGUUGUGAAUCUUUAUAUAGCCAUGUCACUACAUGGCAUGGUUGCAGCAGUAAUGCAACAGAAGAAUGCAGAUUCUGUUCUUUCAAAAAUCAUGAUAUAAAUGUCUUGAACAUCCACAUUAUGAUCUUUCACACAGAAUUAAUUAAGGAUGCAAAAUUCUCCUGUGUUGAAUGCAAUACUGCAUCUGAAAUGACUAUGAAAGAAAUGGAAUCCCAUAUACAUCAUAAGUCAUUUACAGCUAGAAAAUCUUUGAUGUAUGGGUGUUUUUUGUGUAAGUUUAAUUCAUAUAGAAAUGAGCAGCUUCCAUACAGAGUUUUAGCUCAUGUUAUGAAACAGCAUGGCUGUAAAAGAAUUAAAUUUAUGCAAAACUCCAUCAUUAAAAGCAAGUAUGAUGAUUUGAUUGAUAAAUUGAAAAAUUGUGAUGAUCAUAACUAUACAGAGGUAAUGCAAUCACCAUCCUCCACUCCUCCGAUGAGUUGCCAUAUCUGUUCAGAGAAAUUCUUCACAGAAGUAGAGUAUGACAAUCAUUUACAACAAAAACACAAUUUACCUGUUAUUACAGUAAAACAUGUUGAUACAACGAAGAAAAAAGAAGAAAAAGCAAGUGUGCCAGAUACAUAUCCACAGCUCAAUCAAAUAUUAGAAGAAGCAAAUGGCCUCAAUACAUCUUUAGCUCAAGAAUUACAGUCUGUGGCUACAGAUGAAGUAGUGUCUUUAGGGAGAAACCUUAAGGCUAAUACUAAAGAUGAAACAAAUGAUUCUGAUGUCAAAAGUGUCCAGACAAAUAGUUCUGAUGUACCCUUAAGAACUGACCUCAAGACCAUAAAUUCAGACCAAGCAACAGUUUCUGAUCCAGCUCACAUUGGAGACCUAGAGACUGCAGCCCAAGCAAAGGGUUCAGAAAAAUCUUUGAGUACAAGCAACAAGUAUGGAAAUACAAACCAAGCAAAUGAAUUAUCUCCGAAUGCAUUGCUUGACCUCAAUGUUUUAGCUUCAAAUCAAACAGCUCCUAUAACAGAUACGCAGAGCAAAUCUGAACACUUAUCCCCCACAGACAUCAAAUCAAAGACAGCUAUAGAGCCAGGUUUAUCUGAUCCUAGACAAAGCUAUGUUACAUGGAAGUGUAGAUACUGUUUCAAAUUGUUCCAUGAUCAUAUUUGUACUGCAAAUCAUGUUAGAUUGCAUCAUCCCGGGAAAGUUAUCAGUGCAAUAAAAGUGACUAAAUACAAAUCUUCAAAUAAGAAGGAUCCGAUCAAUGGCAAUUCCAAAACACCAACCAAACAACAAUCAACAAAUGUCAUUCAAACAGUCAAUACAAAUUCGCCCCUGAUAGUUCUAAAUACUGCUGCUGUUCCUGUCUACUCUGGCAACAAACAAGAAAUCAACUUGCCUAUUUUAUCUACAACAUCACUUGAUUCUGAUGCCAAAUCCACAAUUACUAAUCUAGAUGAAUGUUCGAUAUGUGCAGUGAAAGUAAAAGCUGAAAAUAUGGACCAACAUUUGCUUAUUCACUCAACAAAGUCCCUAUACGAUGUAGCCUUCCAAUGUGGCUUGUGUGAUGUUGCAGCUUUGCACAUAAAGAAGGUCGAACAGCAUUUUUAUAAGACUCAUGGGGAAAAUUUGAAAUUUGCUUCCAAUGUUGCAUUCCUGUACAGAUGUAAGAAGUGCUCUCUUAUUAAACAUCAGGAAACUGGUAUACUUCUUCACAUUCAAUCCAUGCACCCGUCUCUGUGGACCCAAUAUUGUAAUAAUAUCGCAGAAGAUCCAAAUGUGAAAACUGCUGUUUCUCUCUCUACUGUCACUAAAGUUGAUCAUGAUGAUGUCAAAGGAGAAAUUCCACAUGUCCAGAAAGAAGAGGCAUCAAAGCCACAGUAUGUUUUAACUCCAAGAGGACUGAAGCGUUUGGACAAAAUCAACGACCCCAAGGAAGCAGAAUAUGAUAAACAAGACAAUGCUGAAGCUCUGAUACCUAUUCAACCUUCACUCAUUGUAUCUCCUGAUGAUGAACUAGAAAAUUCUUCUGACUCCGGAUCCAAGACUGAAGAUGAAAGUCCAAGCUCUGAAUACAUUCCAUCUUCUGAUGAUGAAGACUAUACCCCCAAGCCAAGAAAGAAAAAAUAUAGAAAGACAGAAACUAAAUUCCUGAAUAAGAGGAAAAUAGACACUCCAGGAAAUAAUGAACUGAGAAAAAGAGUGAGGAAAGACAUACACAUUCAUGUAUCACUUUGUGGAAAGGCUAAGGAUGUAUUAGGAUCAUAUAAAUCCUUAGGCAUGAGACAAUUAAAAAACAGUUGCCUUUUCGUAUGUGCACACUGUGGGUUUGAAACACGUGCUCUUACAGUAUCUAGACACAAGACUAAGAUGCUAGAUCAUCUAAAGGAUUGUUGUAAAAAUAAAACAAUGGGAGUGGCUGUAGAUAUCAGAAACCAUAUUGGAAAACAGGCUUGCAAAGUUUUUUUUUGCUUGAACUGCAAAAAUAUGUUCUCUAGAUUUAUACUUUAUGAAAAACAUGUUCAAAAAUGUCAAGAUCAAACUAAAGUUAGCAUUUGUGCUACAGCAAGAAACGCGAUGGAUUCAUAUCGAUCUAUGGGCAAGACAACUGGAACUGGUAAUUGCAUUCUUGUAUGCACUCACUGUGGAGUCGAAGCAUGUGCUUUGGACAUGCGUUUAACAGAAUUGUUAAUGUUUAAUCACCUCCAAGAAUGUUCAGAGUUAGAUUCAACUUUUGGAGUUGCUGUAGAUAUAAAAAAGUACAUUGAUAGACAGCGUUGUAAAGUCUUUUUUUGUCUGAAGAAUUUUUGUCAGCGAGCUUUCUCAGCCUACUCAUUAUUUGAAAGACAUAGACAAAUAUGUGAACAACGAGUUUUAUCGAGAACCCCUUCUUUCACUCCUUCCUUUACCAAUUCUGAAAUUGACACUACAAACAAUGAUGAUAAUGAAGUUGUCCAUCCUCCAAAAUGUAUUAAACAGGAACUAGAUGAUGAUGCUCCACCUGAUAUAUCAAAAAGCUUCUACCCAGUUAGCAAUAAUAAUGGCAAAGAUUUCUCAGAUAGGGUCAUAGAUAAUGAUGCAACAGGAAACGGUAUGCCUAGUCUUCUUAAGAGGUCUAUCGAACAUGAACAAGAAGACAUACAGAUUGAGCCAGCUGAAUUCUCUGAAUCAAAUCUUGCAUUAGAGAAAGAUUGGGUUCCCCCUAAUCUUGAGUAUAAUAUUCCACUUAGUACCACAUCACAAUCUGGAAAAGGGAAUUCUAAAAGAAGGAAAAAGAUGUCAUAUAAAGGCAAGCAAUUCAAAGCAAGUAGUGCAAUGCAACAUGAGGCUUUUGGAUAUCAGUGUCUUAAAUGUAGAAAUGAUGUCACCUCUAUACCUGAUAUGAAACAACAUAUUAUUUGGAACCAUCCACACUCUGAUACUCCUUGGACCUGUAGGGACAAUCAUUUAAGGUUCCAAAAAAAGUCUUCAAAGCUAUAUUUAUGCCAUCGAGACAAUUGUUCCCUUUCCACUCCAGAUUUAAGUGAAAUAAACCAACAUAUCGAGGAACAUGACUGUAGUGAUGAAUCAUUAAUGGCCCAACAGAUUGGGUCAAAUACAGAUCCUCCAGACUUUGAGCGAGCAGAGGAUCUUUUGAAAACACAAAACAUUAAAUCUGAACCGUUAGACAUUGAAUAUGAAGUAAAUCUUGAACCUCAGGAUAAAUAUCAGGAUUCUGACUUCAACCUAGAUGAUACAAUCAAGCAAGAAUGCAUAGAUUCUGUUCAUGACUCUAAUGUAGAGUACACUCAUGAUGAUCUUGAACUGACAGUAGGAGAUGCCUGUGAUUCACAGUCAGUCACCCAGAAGGAUGACAAGAUGUACUAUUGCUCAUAUUGUCAAUUCCGCACAAGCACACUCUCCCACAUAAGGUCCCAUGUUGCUGAUGAGCAUGACUCGAUGGAAGGUGGUUAUACUGAGAUGUCUUCACGAGUGAAUGCUGAUGGGGAUGUUGUUGUCAAUGUGACAGGAAGUAAUGAUUCUAGUAAAGAUGGAGAUGAGUCUGAUGCUGGUGUAAGCAAGCCUUCAAGCCCAAUGAAUCAUAUCUUCAAAGAUUCAAAUGACACCAAUUUAGAAAAUAGUGAUUUAGCUAACUCUGACAAUAAUAUUCAACCUGAUGAUGCUCCUAGAUUCUUUGGAGACAUUAACAAUCCAGAAAGUGAUAACGAUGGUGAUCUGAUUGAAUCAGAUCAUAUCAACGCUGUAUCAAGUACUUCUAAAGUGUCAGACUCUAACGAGGAUUCUCAAAAUGACACAUUUUACAAUAAGAAACCUCUUAUUGUCAACCAUAUAAGUAGAUCUAAUUGGAAGAAUGGAACAAUUGACAACACUGAUGCUGAAGAGGUUUGAAGCAAUAGUGAUAACUCUAACAGUACAAGUGAACCAGAAAAUUCUGAUUCUGAAUUCUGAUUGCCUUUGAGAUCACACCGUGACAUUAAUUGAUCUCAGUUCAUUUGUUUUACAGCUGAAAAUGCACACUUGGAAUGCAAUGUGAUAGUGACUUGUACUUGGAGGUCUUUAACAGUAACUUUAUAAAAGUUAAGAAUUCUUAAGUCAGUUACUCUCAUAAUAUAGUCAUUAUAUCCAUAGUUCAACAAUUAUUUAGGAAUCUUUAACCCUACAAGUUAUUGUUAAUGACCUCUCCAAGAUUAUUCUUUAUACAUUUUGAGAUUAGUGAAUCGUUAAAAGUGUGUCUUUUAACUCCUGAAUCGUAAUCUUAUUCUUGUGAAGUGAAGUAUACUCUGUAUGUAUUCAUAUUUUCAAAAGGUGUACAUUUCUAGGCUGUUAUGGCAACUCUAUGACAUACAUGUGCCUUGUGCAAGUAUAAUCGGCUAAAACACAAUAGAAGUUAAGCAUGGUCAUUGAUUGAAUCUUGUUCAUACAUGUCAUAUUGACCGCCUUAUUUGCAACAUUAUGAUUUGAAGUUUUGCUUUGAAUGUCAAAUUUUUUUGGAGCAUUCAAGUAGUCUUUAGUCGAAGGUACUAUCAAAAUGACAUAUUUUACAUUGUUGGAGAUUUGCCUUGAACAUGGCUAUGGAAUGGAUUUGUUGAAAUGUUAUAGUCCACUUUAAAACAGCUAUAGAUAUUGAAUGAAAAUUAAUGUAUGAAAUAAGACAUAGUUCACAAAUUACUUUAAAUAUAAUGAAUGGAAAGCCCAAAAAAUCCCUUGUAUGUUGUGGGACUACAGUGAAACCUGUAAAGUGGAACACCUUUAGAAGUGGAACACUUCUGUUUGUAGAACAUUUUUCAGAGUCCAAAGACCAACUGAAUUAAUGUUAAAUGAACCUCUAUAAGUGGAACACCUCCU